GCUGCGGAUUGGGAGACCGGAAAGGGAGGGGUGGGCCGCAAGUGCCGGACGUGACGUAAGCCGGAAGCGACUUUCCGCCGAGAAAUAGGGGGCGCGUGUUUGGAAAUUGAUAGAAAAGAUAAAGGGACCGAGCUGCUGUCAGCCUGGCUUACUGAUCUGCGUCCGUUUCACCACGGAUUCAGUUACUAAGCAUUUUUUUCUUUUUUUGGUUCUUUGCAACGUGAGUGGCAUUGGCUCAAUGAUUUCCAUGAGCAUCUCUACCAGAAAACAUUGCCUCGAUGAGGUGUGGUGGAAGCCCGGCAGCCCCUUCUAAUCGGCUAGGCUUGAGAAAGCGUGUACCUCUGCAUUUCCGAAAUUAACUCAGCGUGAUCGGCAAGAUUUUCCUGAGCAUCUGGUGUCAAGACACUCGUCACUAUUAAUUCGGAAAGAAAAAAAAAACAAAACACCGUUUUCCAGCAUUUCUCUUGGUGGAGAACUAAACAGGAAAAAUGUCUAUUUUCCCUAAGAUAUCUUUGAGACCCGAGGUUGAAAACUAUCUUAAGGAAGGCUUUAUGAAUAAGGAGAUUGUGACUGCUUUAGGUAAACAAGAAGCAGAAAGGAAGUUUGAAACUUUGUUAAAGCACCUGUCACAUCCUCCGUCAUUCACAACUGUCAGAGUGAAUACACAUUUAGCCUCAGUACAACAUGUGAAAAAUCUGUUACUUGAUGAACUUCAGAAGCAGUUUAAUGGAUUAAGUGUUCCUAUUCUUCAACAUCCAGACCUUCAAGAUGUGUUACUUAUUCCUGUUAUUGGACCCAGAAAGAAUAUUAAAAGACAACAGUGUGAAGCCAUUGUUGGAGCCCAGUGUGGCAAUGCAGUUUUAAGAGGAGCCCAUGUCUAUGCCCCAGGAAUUGUGUCAGCAUCAAAAUUUAUGAAAGCUGGAGAUGUUAUUUCUGUAUACUCUGAUAUUAAAGGAAAAUGUAAGAAAGGAGCCAAAGAAUUUGAUGGAACAAAAGUAUUUCUUGGAAAUGGGAUUUCUGAACUAAGCCGCAAAGAAAUCUUCAGUGGAUUACCUGAACUGAAGUAUGUCAUCAGAGGCAUGGGCAUAAGAAUGACAGAACCAGUAUAUCUCAGCCCUUCAUUUGACAGUGUACUGCCCCGUUACUUAUUUUUACAGAAUUUGCCAUCUGCCUUAGUAAGUCAUGUACUAAAUCCUCAACCUGGAGAGAAGAUUCUAGACUUGUGUGCAGCACCUGGAGGGAAAACAACACACAUUGCAGCACUAAUGCAUGAUCAGGGAGAAGUUAUAGCACUGGAUAAAAUCUUCAACAAAGUAGAAAAAAUCAAACAGAAUGCCUUAUUGUUAGGGCUGAAUUCCAUCAGGGCAUUUUGUUUUGAUGGAACAAAGGCGGUUAAACUUGAUAUGGUGGAGGACACAGAAGGAGAACCUCCAUUUCUACCAGAAUCCUUUGACCGAAUUCUUCUGGAUGCACCCUGUAGUGGAAUGGGACAGAGACCAAACAUGGCCUGUACUUGGUCUUUGAAGGAAGUGGCAUCAUAUCAGCCAUUACAGCGAAAACUCUUCACUGCAGCGGUUCAGCUGCUGAAGCCAGAGGGUGUGCUGGUUUAUAGCACGUGCACUAUAACACUGGCCGAAAAUGAAGAACAAGUUGCCUGGGCCCUGACAAAAUUUCCUUGCCUUCAGCUUCAGCCCCAGGAACCGCAGAUUGGAGGAGAAGGAAUGAGGGGAGCUGGGCUCUCAUGUGAACAGUUGAAACAGCUGCAGCGAUUUGAUCCAUCGGCUGUGCCAUUACCAGACACUGACAUGGACUCUCUUAGAGAGGCCAGAAGAGAAGACAUGUUGCGUCUGGCUAAUAAGGACUCUAUAGGUUUUUUUAUUGCAAAAUUUGUAAAAUGCAAAAGCACAUAGGAGAGGGAUGGAUGCUCAGAAAUGAAAAUUCCAAACAUUUGCUGUCUGUGGUUUUUUUUUUUUUUUUAAAAACCAAAGUGUUGUCAGGCCAACUGAAUGAUGACGUGGUUGCUAAGGAAACAGAAAAGGCUGCCAGCUGUUUUACCAGGGAUCCAGAGACAUAGAGGAAGUAGGGGGUGGUAUGAGAUUAUAUUUUCUGUUUUUAAAAGAUUUUUUUUUAAUGUAUUUAGUAGAGUAUAAAGAAAAGCAGAUGCCUAUAGAUGUCUGGAGCAUAUUUUCAUUUGUGAUCUAAUGUUUUAAUUUGUAAAGUAUACAAGUCAUUUUUAAUGUUAAAAAUUAGUGAAUCUAACAAAAGGAAUAAAUUAGCAAUAUUUGAUGUGGUUAUGAAAAGUUGUUUUUGUUCCUAGGUUCCUAGUUUCUUAAGGAUUCAGGGCAUGGGAAGUAAAACAUUGACUAUGUGCCAAUAAUGGAGACACCAGGUUGUCACCAGGCUGGAGUGCAUUGGUACAGUCACGGCUCACUGCAGUCUCCACCUCCUGGGCUCAAGGGAUCCUCCUAUCUCAGCCUCCCAAGUAGCUGGGUCUACAGGUAUACUCUACCACCCCAGCUUAAUCAUUUUUAAUAUUGCAUUUUCUUGGGGGUAAGGGAAAUAAGGAGUUAAAUGUAAAACAGUUUUACUUAUAAAAGGCUAAGAAUAUUUGGUAAGAACUUGGACUAAUCAAGGAAGCAAAACAAAGUAGAUUUUAUAAUUUUGCUGGAUAGUUUUUUUUUUUUUUUUUUUUUUUUUCUUUUUUAGAGAUGGAGUCUCACUCUGUCGCCCAGGCUGGAGUACAGUGGUGUGAUCUUGGCUUACUGCAGCCUCCACCUCCUGGGUUCAAGCAAUUCUCCUGCCUCAGCCUCCCAAGUAGCUGGGAUUGCAGGUGUGCACCACCACACCUGGCUAAUUUUUUAUCUUUUUAGUAGAGACGGGGUUUCGCCACGUUGGCCAGGCUGGUCUUGAACUCCUGACCUCAGGUGAUCCACCCUCCUCAGCCUCCCAAAUUGCUGGGAUUACAGGCAUGAGCCACUGCGCCCGGCUGAUUUAUUUUGUUAAAUAAGUUAAUGUGCAGAUCUGAAGUUAGGUAAUUAUACACAGGCAUUUUCCUGGGACAAACUUCAAGUGCCAGGUACUUGCACUCUUAAUACUGUCUUACCAUCCAGUUAUAACUGGACAAAAUAUACACUUGAGACACGGAAAAGGUCUUAGCCUUAAACAUGAUGACAUUGUAAUCUUCUUACAGCAGUGUAAUUGAGGCAUGGAGAUAAUGUCUUCAAGGUUCCCCUUCUGUGUACAUGUCUUAUGUAGGAUAAUAUUCUUAACAUUUUAUUCACUUCAAGUCACCCCAUUUUGCCCUGAUUUCUUCUGAAGAACAGAAACUUUGGUUAUAAGAAGCACUUCUGGGUUCUGACAGACAGUGAACCUGCUGGAGUCGGUGGUGGGGAGGAAUGGUAGGUAACUGGGAGGUAAACAACAGGAACAAUAGGCAAGGUUAGAAAAUGAAGUGGGAGAAGUUAUAAAAAUUUAUUUUCCCACGAAAUAAUUCCACAAGCUGUGUAAACAUUUCUUACUAAAACAAAUACUCUAACACAGAAAGAUUGUACAUUUCCAGUGAAACACUCACAGUAAAAUUGCCUGUAUUUUCACUCUCUAGGAGCAAAAACAAGGAGGCAGCAGAUGAAUGCUUUCCUAGUUACCUUUGGCAGCAAGCUUACUCACAUUCCCUGACUGACUGCUCAAUGGGUUAUUAAAGCAACAUAUAGCACAAUUAAAUACAGAGCCAGGUGGGCAGAAUGCUCGAUAUCAGUCUCUAGUUUCUUCAUUAGUCUUCAGCAUUCCAAUUCAUCUCAACCAUUCAGUCACUCGAUGCACACUCUUUCUUACAUACGGACACACACACGUGCAUAUAGCGAGUUCCGGCUCGUAGACUCCAGUGCAGUGACUAGAACAGACACUAGCUACUAAGAAUGUGUCACAAUCAGUGUGAACUGUAUGGAGUAGAACAACCUCUGGAGUUUUAUAUUUACCAUAAUUUAUGGUGGAAAUUACAAACUUACAAGGAUGGUAUAACAUUCAGAAUUCAAACCUUUUCAAGUCAAGCAAUCACACAUAUUUACAGUAUGUACACACUUUCUACUAGAAUGAGGAUAGGUGUCUAGACAAUGUUAUUACAAAUUUCCUGAAUGUGGGCAUUUCUAGUCCCUGUAAUUCAUAAAGCAUAUCUGCUGACUUGGCAUUAAGACUCUAAAAUAGUGUGAUCAAACUGAUAUAUAUAUAUUAUAUAUAAUAAGAAGGUGUUUGCAGAAAUAACAUUUACAAACUGUCUAUACAGUACACAGUACUAGUACAUAGAAAAUAGAUUCUAACUUUAUGAUCCCCUUUGUGUAAGGCAAGACUGAAUCUGUCCCCAAAUUUAGUCAGCCAGAGGUACAAGCAAGAAACAGUGGUCCAUGAAUGAAUAUGCAAAUCAGGUGCCUGCGUAUUAAAAAUCUGGAGAAACAAGAAAUUCCACUUAUCUGUGCUGAUUCUGGCUUGUUGGAUACAUCAACUACAUUUCUUAAAACACUAACAUCACCCGGGUGGCAACAGAUUUUGUUCAAGUGGCAGCUACCCAAAACAGUUUUUGAAGAGUCCAGUAUGCAACCGGAGGACUGCAGCCAUACCAGGCCAAUUUAUGUAGCACUUACAAAAGAAAAAGUAUCUUAAUACUCUAUCCAUGCUAUUGCUAUUCAAGCAACAGCAAUACAAAAUAUUACAAGACAGAUCACAUAUGAUUGCAGUGUAGACCCCAAAGACUUUGUUUUGGGGAUGCUGUUAUACAAGACUUCAAAAAAAAAAAAACACACACAAAAGGGCAAAAGUCAUUGGCGGAUGUAAACAUCCCUGUUCCACUCCCCAGCCUCAUUCCGUUUUUUUGAUAUCACUUCUCCAUCCUUUUCACAGUAGCGAUCCUUGGAUUUAUGACGGCUGCGCUGCUUGUUGCACUCGUUGUGGUCCUGCUCUCGAUCCACGUCCCGGGAACGGUGCCGGGACUCCCUGUGUCUGUGGUCACUGCUCCCGUGGGUCUCGUCUCUGUGGUUGUGGUCACGGUGUGAGGCAUAGUGGUCCACGUGGUCAUGGGAAUAAUCUUCCUUUGGCUCUACGUAGGCAGAGUCUCGACUCUCCUGGGUUUCCGAGUCAAAUGUCUCCUGCCUGGAGAGGCCGCGACUUGUCCCACUGCGAUGGUUGUGGUGUGGGGCUGAGGAGGAAGAGCGGUGCUGGGAUUUCUUGACUGGUUCCACACUAGGUUCUUCUUCAGCUUGGGAAGCAGAACGGAUAGGAGCGGAGCGAUCAGUCCUCUGAUCACCUUGAGAACCCUGGCAGCGAAAGGAGCACACCAGGCGUUAACCAAGAGUCUUGCCCAGGCUGCCCAGGCUGCAAUGCAGUGGCGCGUUCUCGGCUCACUGCAAUCUCCACCUCUCAGGUUCAAGUGAUUCUCCUGCCUCAGCCUCUGGAGUAGCUGGGACUACAGACUAUGGAAAUGAUGUCAGACAAAAAGCGAAUUUGAGUGACUUUCUUAUUCGAGUUCAAAAUGGGUCGUAAAGCAGUGGAGACAACUUGCAAUAUCAACAAUGCAUUUGGCCCAGGAACUGCUAAUGAACAUACAGUGCGGUGGUGGUUCACGAAGCUUUGCAAAGGAGACGAGGGACUUGAAGAUGAGGAGCAUAGUGGCUGACCAUUGGAAGUUGACAGCGACUACUCAAGAACAAUCAUCAAAGCUGAUUCUCUUACAACUACAUGAGAAGUUGCUGAAGAAUUCAACAUUGACCAUUCUACGGUCGUUCUACACUUGAAGCAAAUUGGAAAGGUGAAAAAACUCAGUAAGUAGGUGCCUCAUGAGCCAAGCAAAAAAAAAAUUGUUGUUUGGAAGCAUCUUCUCUUAUUCUGUGCAACAACAAUGAACCAUUUCUCAGUCGGAUUGUGACGUGGGACGAAAAUUGGAUUUUAUGUGACAACCACUGACAACCAGCUCAGCUGUUGGACUGAGAAGCUCCAAAGCCAAACUUGCACCAAAAAAAAAAAAAAAAAAAAGGUCAUGGUCACUGUUUGGUGGGCUGCUGCCGGUGUGAUCCACUAUAGCUUUCUGAAUCCCAGCGAAAACAUCACAUCUGAGAAGUAUGCUCAGCAGAUCGAUGAGAUGCACCAAAAACUGCAACACUUGCAGCCGGCGUCGGUCAACAGAAAGGGCCCGGUUCUUCUCCGUGACAACGCCUGGCUGCACAUCGCACAACUGGCGCUUCAAAAGUUGAAUGAAUUGGGCUACGAAGUUUUGCCUCAUCCAUCAUAUUCACAUGACCUCUCGCCAACCAACUACCAUUUCUUCAAGCAUCUCGACAACUUUUUGCAGAGAAAAUUCUUCCACAAGCAGCAGGAUGCAGAAAGUGCUUUUCAAGAGUUUGCCGAAUCCCAAAGCACGGAGUUUUAUGCUACGGGAAUAAACACACUUAUUUCUCAUUGGCAAAAAUGUGUUGAUUGUAAUGUUUCCUAGUUUGAUUAAUAAAGAUGUAUUUAGGCCUA